GGUUUUGUAGGGUUGAGUUAGGCCCAAUACUCAAUUAUAAGAUGGCACAGCCUCUCCACGAUCCGUUGGGCCACCUGUUAUCAGGUUUUCUCAAUCGGGUCACUCACCGUUUAUAUCCACGCACCAAGCCCAAUAGUGCUAGGCGUGAGGUGGUGUGUUAAGAGUCUCACAUCGGUUGAGAGAUGACCUGACUAAGUGUUUAUAUACUAGAGGCAAUCCUCACCUUACAAGUCAGUUUUGUAGGGUUGAGUUAAGCCCAAUACUCAAUUCUAAGAAUCCAACCAACGAAACUCCACUUCAUACGAUUAUAUACCACUCAAUUUCAUCUCAUUCCUCGAUCCAAACAAGCUGUAAGGAAAUUGGUUGAAAUUAACAAACAUAUUCUAUUCAUAUUCCACCAUGUAAGUGAUGUAUCGAAAAGCUCGUGGCUUGACUUUAAUAUUUCCGUAACAUGGCAAGUUACGUAUCACGCAGGGCAUGACUAUAAUGACUAUAUUAGUCAUUGUGUAGCAACAUCAUCCACCUGCUCCACUAGCUAGCAUCACAAAAUCUCAUAGAAACUGUUGUUAAGUUGAAAUACUACAAGCAAAUGACAUUUGUGAACAGAACAAACAUUGACUUUACAUAAGAAUUAAAGCAUAAUUAAAUGAUUUGGUCAUUGCAUGCAGUUGUUAGUUGUUACUAAUACUAUAUAUGUUGCCAUAAGAAAGGCAAUUACAUGUAGCCAUAAGAAAACCAACAAUCAAAUAUAUAUACUUCUUGUUCCAAGAUAAAGAAAUGAAGCCUUUUUCUUUCUCGUUGUCUAUAUUUUUGCAUACAAACCUUCAUAUGCAUAUUUUCUUUGUUUUAAGCAUAAUCUGGUUUGGCUCAAAUAAAACUAUGGGCUUAGCAUUCGGAAAUCAAACUGACCAUUUGGCAUUGCUCAAAUUCAAAGAAUCAAUAUCCAAUGAUCCAAAUGGAGUCUUAGAUUCUUGGAAUAGUUCUAUCCACUUUUGCAACUGGCAUGGAAUCACAUGCAGCCUCAAACACCAAAGAGUAACAGAGAUGAACAUAUCGGGACACCACUUGCGUGGAUCCUUAUCUCCUUAUGUUGGCAAUCUCUCUUUUCUGAGAAGUCUCAAUCUCGGAAACAACCACUUCUUUGAAAAAAUUCCGCAAGGUUUGGGACGAUUGUUUCGAUUGCAACAACUCUCUCUUCCCAAUAACUCCUUCAUAGGAGAAAUUCCUACAAACCUAACAAAUUUAUAUAAUCUCAAAAGCUUAGACUUAGGUGGAAAUCAUCUGAUUGGUAAAAUACCAAUUGAAAUUGGCUCUCUUUGGAAGCUUCAGACAUUAAAGAUUGUGGAAAACAAUUUAACCGGAGAAGUCCCACCAUUCCUAGGUAACCUUUCAUCCUUGACAACUUUAUAUGUAGGUUAUAACAACUUAGAGGGAGUUAUUCCACACGAAGUAUGUCGUCUCAAAAACUUGACCAAAUUAUCAGUGGUGGCCAACAAAUUGUCUGGUACACUCUCUUCUUGUGUUUAUAAUAUUUCAUUUCUUACUAUAAUCUCGGCUGCAAUGAAUAACUUUAAUGGCUCUCUUAGGUCCAACAUGUUUCACACCCUCCCUAGCCUCCAAUAUUUUGCAAUUAGCAUGAAUCAAAUUUCAGGUUUAAUACCUACUUCAGUUGCAAAUGCUUCUACCUUGACACUUUUUGAUAUCAGUCGAAAUCAUUUUUUUGGACCAGUUCCAAGUCUAGGUAAGCUACAAAAUCUUUAUUGGCUAGAUUUGUACCUCAACAAUCUAGGUGACAAUUCAUCUAAGGAUUUGGAGUUCUUAAAACCACUCACAAAUUUUAGUAAAUUGUCUACACUUGGUAUAUCCUUUAAUAAUUUUGGAGGUAGUUUGCCAACUUACAUAGGUAACUUAACCACCCAACUUAAUCGACUGUAUCUUGGGGGUAAUCAAAUAUUUGGGCAAAUUCCUUUAGAAAUAGGAAAUUUAAUUAAUUUAAUUCUCUUGACCAUGGAAAGUAACCAUUUUGAAGGGAAAAUUCCUUCUACUAUUGGAAAGUUACAAAAGAUACAAGUGUUAGAUUUGCGUGGAAACAGGUUGUCAGGAGAAAUUCCAGCUUCCAUAGGUAACCUUAGUCAAAUUUAUCAUUUGGGUUUAGGGAAAAAUAUGUUAGAAGGAAAUAUUCCUUCAAAUAUAGGAAAGUGUAAAAACUUACAAAUGUUAUACCUUUCGGAAAACAACCUUACAGGAGUGAUACCCUCAGAGGUUUUCAGUCUUUCAUCUUUAACAACAGGACUAUUCUUAUCACAAAACUUGUUGAGUGGCAAACUACCUGAUGAAGUCGGUCAUUUACAGAAUAUUGGGCAGAUUGAUGUCUCUGAAAAUCAUCUAAUUGGCGAAAUUCCUGGUACCUUGGGUGAAUGCAUAAGCUUAGAAUACACUCUUUUGAUGGGGAACUCGUUCAAUGGAAGCAUACCCUCUUCUUUCGCAUCUCUCAAAGGUCUUCGAUACUUAGACCUUUCAAGAAAUCGAUUGUCAGGAUCAAUUCCAAAAUUUCUGCAAAAUAUUUCUUUCUUAGAAUACUUCAAUGUGUCUUUCAACAUGUUGGAAGGAGAGGUACCAAGUGGAGGUGUCUUUCGAAAUUCAAGUGCAUUAGGAGUGACUCGUAACAAAAAUCUUUGUGGAGGAAUUUUGGAGUUGCAUCUACCGCCAUGCCAUACUAAACACAAUAGCUUCAAGAAGAUAGUUGUGAUAGUUAGCGGGAUUUCUUUUCUUCUCAUUAUGAUAUUUAUUAUAACAAUCUAUUGGAUGAGGAGAAUAGACAAAACACAAAAUUUUGAUUCACAAAUAAAUGACCAAAUGGUUCCGAUUUCAUACAAAAACCUGCACAAUGCAACCAAUGGAUUUUCAACAAGUAACUUGAUAGGAUUAGGAAAUUUUGGUUCUGUCUACAAAGGAAAGCUCGAGUCGGUUGAUGGAUUUGUUGCCAUAAAAGUCCUAAACCUUAAUAAAACGGGAGCCCAGAAGAGUUUCAUUGCUGAAUGUACUGCACUAAAAAAUAUUAGACACCGAAAUCUGGUUAAAAUUUUGACAUGUUGUUCCAGCAUAGAUUACAAAGGCAAUGAGUUUAAAGCUCUCAUAUUUGAGUACAUGAGUAAUGGAAACUUAGAAAGUUGGUUGCAUCCGACAACAGAAAUUCCGGAUCAACCAAAAUCACUGACUCUUGAGCAAAGGUUAAAUAUUAUUAUUGAUGUUGCGUCUGCAUUUUGUUAUCUUCACUACGAAUGCGAGCAACCUGUUGUCCAUUGUGAUUUAAAGCCUGCAAAUGUUCUUCUCAAUGACUCUCUGCUAGCUCAAGUGAGUGAUUUUGGCUUAGCAAGGUUGCUCCCAAGCGUUGGAAUCUCUCUAAUGCAAAGUAGCACAAUUGGAAUAAAGGGGACAAUUGGCUAUGCACCCCUAGAGUAUGGAAUGGGAUCUGAGGUGUCAAUUGAAGGUGAUAUGUAUAGCUUUGGAAUACUGAUAUUAGAAAUGUUAACUGGAAGAAGACCAACAGAUGAAAUGUUCAAAGACGAUCAUAAUAUCCAUAAUUAUGUGAAACAUUCAAUUCCAAAUCACCUUUUCCAUAUUGUGGACCAGUCUAUUCUAGAUCUCCCCAUUGAAUUAGACCACAAUACUGACAAUGGGAACCUUGGUGGUAUACAUCCUAAUUUAGAGAAAUGUUUACUUGCAAUUUUUAGUAUUGCACUUUCUUGUUCAGUGGAAUCACCAAAAGAAAGAAUGAAUAUGGUUGAUGUUAUAAGGGAGCUCAAUAUCAUUAAAAGUUUCUUUCCUACGGAGGCUCAAUAAAGAAGAAUUGCAUUACGACCACAAAACACACAAUGCUUGGGAGUUAGCUGAGGGGUGGUUUGUUGGAUGCGCACACACUAGUUUUGAUUUAUGUUUGUUAUCCGAUGUAUUAAUACCUAUCUGAUUAUGUGACAUCAUGUACGUUGGGUUAUACUUUCUACAUGGAAUUUUUUUCGAA